CAUAUUGUAAAAUAAGUGUAUCCACAUGUAGAGCGUAUAGUUUCUGCUGUGAAAUCGCCUAUGCAAAAAUCAACAAGACACAUUUCCUGGCGUCUUUGUUAGUUUUAGUUAUUUGUCAAAUUAAAAUCAAGUCGCUUCCGUUAAGCUGGCCUUUGUUCGUUGCUGCCAUUCAUUUCAUGCUUUGAAUUGAUGGCAUUUAAGUAUCGUCGAAAAAUGUGUAAAUGUAGUCCAUUUAAUGGGGUCUGUGUGUAAAACUGCCUCCCUUGUCCACAGCUGGGUGAAACCGUAUUAAGAUUGUGUAAAGCAUGAUACCAAUGCCUGCAUGCUGGGAUACGUGAGAUUGUCAUCGAGUCUACACUUAAUAGUCUGGAAUAAGCGACGGUCUCCAGUUUUCCAACCUAUCUGCCACUUCUGACUAUAACCAUUUCUUCAUUGUUUCCGCAUUGUUGCUGUUUUAACUGUCCAUAAAUCCAUAUCGUUCUGCUCUUUCCUCCAUCAAAAAGUCUUUGGACCACAUAUUCGCUAGUAGAAUCUAUGAAACAAGUGUUACUCCACCUAUAGUCAACGCGAUCAAAUUUUGAAUCGUUUCUUCAAUACAAGAAAGCGUAUGCUAGCCAUUUUGGUCUCGGUUAUGUUUUUGAGCUGAAGUUUGAAGCAGUUAGAUCAGUGGCACACGACUGAUCCUUUAAGUCGAAGGACAACAAAGGUCGCCGUAGCCGGCGCAGCUAUAGUGUUAGUUCCUGUUGGUAAACGAUCAAAUGACAUCAUCAAAUGUUGUUAUCGUUUACGAACUGUGAGGCCAUACAUGACUUUGUAGCGAAAACAUUUUGUGUUGAGUCUGAUUUAUAGCAAGUGCUGUUAAUAGACUGUACGGUACUCGAAUGAGUGUGAAGGCUACGUACAGACAAAUGCUGUGUCUUUUUAAGGAAGGAAGACUAUGAUCGUUUAUGGACCAUCUAUCUGUUGUUGACGUUGUACAUAGUAAAGAUAGUGGCACAACAGCGCGUCCAUUUGGUGAGCUGUUAAUGCCAAUUGUGAUAUUUGGCGCUAUGUUUCUUUAAAAAAAAAAGUGUGCCAAGCUUCAAGUACAGUGAGACCAUCAACCUAGUCAAAGGCUACCACCGGCAGAAACACCGGCAUUUUAUCCUGACUAAAUAGCGUAAUUUUUACGCCAACGAUGAUCGGUCGCACUGUCCUCAAUGCGUGGCGCUCUAAGGCCACUCCUUCCGUGUCGUCGUCGUCGUCACCGUCGUCGAACCUAGUAAAGCAUUGUCAACUCCUUGUGGUAGGAGGAGGUUCAGGUGGCUUGGGCGCGACUGCCGUUCUCGGAAACAAGUUCAAGACCAUCGUCGUUGAACCCGGCGAUUUUCACUACUAUCAGCCGUACUUCACUUUUGUUGGUGUCGGACUUAAGCAGCUGAACGAAUGCCGCCUGCCAAUGCGAAAGGUGAUACCGCUCUAUGCGCAGUGGAUAAAGGAGAGCGUAUCUAGUUUUGAGCCGACACAAGAUCUUGUUAUAACAGACUCUGGGACAAUAAUCAAAUACGAUAUUCUUAUCGUAGCUACCGGAAUUUAUCCAGCCUUUUCAAAAAUUCCCGGCCUUAUCGAAGCUUUAAAAACACCUAAUGUCGGUUCUAACUACACUCCCGAAACGGUGACAAAAACCUUUAGUGCGUUACGCAACUUCAAGCAUGGCAAUGCUGUCUUUACAUACCCAUCGACGCCCAUCAAAUGUCCUGGUGCUCCACAGAAAGCCGUCUAUUUAAGCGACGAGUAUCUACGAAAGCAAGGAAAGCGGGAUAAGGCGAAUCUUAUUUAUAAUACAGCUAGCGAGGUACUUUUUGGUGUGAAGAAGUACGCCGAUUCGUUAUGGCAGGUUGCCAAUAAAAAGGGCAUCAAAGUAAACCUUCACCACAAGCUUGUGCAGGUCGAACCAGGUCAGCAAAAAGCUAUCUUUGAGCAGACACAGGGAGAUGUGAAAAAACGAGUUUCAGUAGAUUACGAAAUGCUUCAUGUCACCCCACCGAUGUUUCCUGUAGAGGCCACUGCAAAGAGUCCUUUAGCUGACAGCGCAGGCUUCGUCGAUAUUAACAGGCGAACGCUCCAACACAACACGUUCAAGAAUGUGUUUGCCAUCGGCGACUGUACCGCGCACCUUCCAAAAACUGCCGCAGCAGUCGCUGCCUCAUUGGCCAUAUUAGAUGAAAAUGUGAGGGCCUUUAACUCUGGCAAAGACAUCAAAGCGUAUUAUAACGGAUACACAUCUUGUCCACUUACUACUGGCUUCAAUAAGUGUAUCCUUGCCGAGUUUGAUGGUUUCACCUCAGAACCCAUGGAAACUUUCCCCAUUGAUCAAAGCAAAGAACGAUGGAGCAUGUAUUAUAUUAAACGAGACGUUAUCCCUGCGAUAUAUUGGAAACUGUUUGUCAAAGGGAAAUGGACGGGGCCUUCGACUCUACGACGCUUGAUGCGCUUCGGAUCUUCGUAGGAGUCUGUUAUGUGUAACUAUGGGCCAUUAUUAGUAUUACCUUCCCGGCCCCUUUUCACUAUCUGAAUCCGUGGAUUCAACUGGACUCAAUACUACUUACGCGUGAUUUGGGGCAAGAAAAUGAUACCAUAUGUGCUAAUAUAUCGGGGGCAUGAUUGUUUGUUGUUUGCGAUUUUUAUAACAGCACCUACUUAAACAGUAGUAAGGAGUAUGAUGUUACUAAAUGGUGUUAGCCAGUGGUAGUGUUGUCCAACGGGCCCUAUUAAGUGUUCAGUUACUUGCGUCGCACUGAAAACAUUUGCUAUAUAAAUAGGUUUGGAAGGCUACAAUGGCCUCCCAAACUUACUAUGUAAAAGAGGACGGCAUAUGGCUCUAGAUAUGAUCGUAGAUUUUAUUUUGCCAAAUCAUUCUCGGUCAAUACGGUGUUAUCAAGGGUGGAGCCCCUGCAUGUUUCUAUAUGAAUCAGAAACUUUAUCUUACUCGAUAUGUCUAACGAUUUGAAAACUACAUAUACAAAAAACAACUACUAUUAUUUAAACGAACAUUAUAAUGCAUGACUUCAAAGCCUAAUUAUAAAUAAUUGGGUUUUGAAUUAUUUUUAUGUUAUUAAUAAGAAAAAUAUAUAACGUAAGCUGUUACUUGAGUUAUUACUCGUGUUCAACUUGUUAUUACUUAGAUAAAUGAAAAAGAAAUGGAUUCUUAUAUGAGUUGUCUUCCAAUAAUGCAGGAUACGGACUUUUAAAUAAGACUUUACACGUAUUUGUCGUCGAAUUAUAAAGGCGCAUGUCGUAUAAUCCUGAAGGGAGUGUACCCUACCGAACAGGUCAUUUAUGUUUGGCCUUAAUUAGUCGAUCUACAUGAGGAGGCUAGAAAUUUCUAUUUUGUAUCUUAAAAGACACCCUCCGGUUUGAGUUUGUAUUUGUAUGACUACCUUUUGACUACACUGAACCAGGUACUUCGAAGCAUAAUCCACCUGAUAACAGAAGCAGCAGCUGCGUGCAAAACGGAAGAGAAAUUGAUCGUGCGUUAAUACGACGGUCUUCGCAAAAUGAUGGAAUACCGCCAACUCAAUCUGUGGUAAAUAAAAUUACCGUUGUUUAUGUAAUUGUUUAAAAUAAAUUAAAUGUAAGUGCAGUUCGUGAAGGCGUUGUCGAAACUGCGAGAUUUGUGGACAGGCCUUUCGGAACUGGUUUACUUUACCUUUUUAUUACCUUAUAUAAAGAUAUAU